UUCCCUAAAUAGAUGUAUGAUUUCAAAGUGUUUUUCAUUCAAAAACGGUAAGGAAUUGUUUGGGAAAAUAAACAGGUAAAGUAUUAUUCGAAAGAUGGACCUUCUAUAAUUUCCUGAGCGCCAACAGAAUAUGGCGGAAGCUUUGUUGUCUGUGUCUGAUGCUCUCCUGUUGACGAAAGCGAAAGUUUUUUGAUGGCUUCGUCGACGCUGUUUCGUGGUCGACGCAUCGUAGAUCCCGUUCCGGUUCAGCGUGGCCCUUUACCGAGAGAUGGAAAAUACCAAACUUCGUUCUCAGACCUGGCAGCAGCAUGGGAAAACGUCGGGGAAGUGAAGUCUGCGCUCCAAGCUGCGGAAGCAAGAAUUAAUGAAGCAAAUGCUGGUCUCGGUUCUGGAGUGGAGGAUAAUGAUGAGCCCCUACAAGAAGUAUUUUCUGAGACACAGAGAUAUGGACGGGUGUCCAGAUAUGAACUGCGACCAGGUCGAUAUGGACAAGGUGCACGACCUGCAACUGUUUUUGGAGAGGAUCGCACCAACUCGCCUGUGAGAAGAUCACCUGAGUUUUCAUUAAAUGGGAACAGACAGGAGUCGUCAGUCAGAGCACCAGCACCCACCUCUUUGCUAUCUCCUCCGUCAAGGGAUAGUCACCCUGCUGAGAUUGGAAGCAGUACCACCACAAGAAAUCCACCAGCUGUCUUCCCUACAUACCCCCAAAUGACGGAUGGUGUGGAUCCUGUUUUGACAACAGCUUACUCGUCAAUCUACAGGGCAAAUGAGAAACCAAUUCGUAGAUCACCUGUCAGAUUUCAAGGUCUUUCAACCAUCCCUUCUUCCUCUAGCUUUGAUGAUUCAUUGGAAGUUGGCAGUACAGCUAGACUGUCCAGGAGUGAAACUCGUCCAACAUCCUCACUUGGACUCAGACCUGUAAUAGCAAAUAAUUCAGAUGCACUUGCAAGGUUGAAAGAGAGAAUUAAACUACAGAAAGAACAAGCCUCAAGGCUUAGUCCAACUGAUUCUAUCGCAGGGAUAAGCUCUGCAAAUCCUUCUCCUCGAAGCUCAGAGGGCCCGUCUGUGGAGGUUGCAGCAGAGGAACCAUGUAUGAGGGAUUUGGAUGUUCCAAUGAGACCUGCAAUUUCCAAGAGAAAAGUAGCCUCUGCCCCUGCAGCACCUGCUUAUAAAGGUUUCAGUGAGGUAGAAUCAAAACCUGCAGUGUUAUCUGAAGUUAACAGAAAGGUCAAAGCAAAGAGUUCAACAGUUGACAAUGCAAGAACAAAGGCUGCCACCCAAAGGCCUCAAAAGCCAUUGCAACAAAAAGGACCUCCCAAGGUACAACGAGUCAUUGCCCCUCGCCGCCCAACAGACGUUAUAACAACAUCAUCAUGGCGCACUGGCCAACAAACAGUGAAAAGGAUUUUGGGUCCAGCAACCAAGAAGGCAAAAACUUCAGCCACCAGUCGACCCCAGUCAAGCAGUAGCCAAGAUACAGACAUAUCAGAACCUAGGAGUCUAAAUUUCCAGUUGAAAAAUGAUACUGGCAAUAAAAGGAGUGGUGGUUACAUGAAUGGGGAUUUAGGGGAGAGGAAUGGCAGUGCAAAGAGUGAUAAUUCCAGAGAAGCAUCUCCAGUUCAUGAAGAGCAAGCAGUGAAUGCAGGGAAGACGGACUCAGAUUCUGAACUGUCCCAAAAUUCUCCAGUUGCUGCCAAGGAAUUUGAAGCAGUUAGCCCUGAUGAGGAUGUGAAAGAUUUAAGAGGGAACAGAAUUUUAUCCACAGAGGCAAAAAAUAUUCUGUCUGACUUAGAACUUGAUACUGAUGAUGAAUCGGACAAGGACGAUGGUGAUAAGGUUAUUCCCAAGUUCAAACCCAAACAAACUCAAGUGAAGCAGUCAUCAAAGGGAAUUCAGAGAAAGAGACCAUUGAGGGUAAAGCCACAAGAUUCACAACAGCCAAGCUAUCCUGCACAAAAGCAGAGACACUAUGACACUGAUGAAGUUAAGAAAUACAUGGCUAAAAAAAUGGCUGAAAGAAAGGAAAAGUUGAAAGAAGACAGGCUUAUGAAACAAAGGGCUGUGGAAGAAAAAAAGAAGAAGCUUGAGGAACUGUACAGUAGACAAAAAAAGAAUCUUGGAAACAACCUUCAUCGCAAAGACAAGAAAUCUCUUGGGGAAACAUAUUCAAAAGGCCGCAGUGAUUUCAGAUCUAUUAUAUACCCUUACAACCACCCAUUCCAACAAGAUGAAGUAGAGUGUUACAGUGAAGAUACUGGAGUCAGUGGGUCAGAUAAAGAGAAUCUUGACAUCGCCUCCUUCAAAGGUCUUCCAAAUUAUUCCACAUCCAGGGAGACACUUGGGGUGAAUGGCAGAGACCACCACAGUUUAUCUAGCUCAUCAUCUGUUCUAAGUGAAGAUGGCAGCAUUUCUCCAGAACCACACAGAGAAAGGAAGAGUCCAGUCCCAGGUGUAACUAGUGUAUCUAUUGGAACAAAGACCACUGAUUUGAGACCUGAAUAUGUUGGCUUCCCUCAAGGUGAGUUUGAGCCUCGUUCUUCCAGCCCAAGUCAGCUGGCUGACAGACACAGACCAGGGGUUGUGUCUUCAUCUGCAAGAAAUGAGGAGGAAAGGCUUUCAAGUAGUCCUCCCAGAGAGGAUAGAAUUGCAGCAAUAAAACAAACAGCUGCACAGCUCAAACAGCGACUGGCAACAGAAGCAUUACGACUUGGUCUGAAUCUGAACACCACUGCUUCUGAAGAAACAGCAGAAGAACAAGGAACCUUUACAACAGUUAGUGAUCACACUGUGUUCAGGGGAGCACUCCCAGGAGUUGGAAGUCUUCAUGAACAAGCUGAACUAAACAACGAAUUGGAUUCCCGGACAAGUGCUGCAACAACAAUCCAAGCGGCCUUUAGAGGUCACAGUGUUCGUCAGGGUCUAAACUGGAAACUUCCCUCUGGGCGCACCCUUAGGUCCACUGUCAGGCAGGGGCUACAUCAGAGACCAGGAAUCUCAGGUGCUGGGACGUCAGAGUCAUCCCAUUACUCCACAGCUUGGGACACUGUAGUUCCUAAUGAGGACAAGAGUAUCAUAUCUGACAUCAGUGCCUCUUAUAGCUCAGCGAGAUCUACAGCGAAAUCACCAACUCAAAGCUCAAAGUCCCUGAAGGACGAUAGAUCAUCAUGUGUUAAAAGCUCACCAACAAGUGAAUCUAGAAGAAGAAAGCAUACAACAGGACAUGGGCCAAGGGAGGCAAAGGGGAAAAAGAAAUCAUCCACUCCUCCAUGGAAAAGCAAAGGUGGUGACAGCUUGAGUGUCAUCAAUAUUUUUACCAGAAGAAAUCCCCACUUGAAAUUGCUUCCCAAAGAAGAUGAAAGUUUAGGGGAACAUGGAUCAGAAACACGAAGUCUUCUUGAAGAGACGCUGACAGAUGACAAGGUGGGGGAGACAGCUAGUCUGCUUGAGCCUCCUGCAGACCCAAAUCAGUCUGGAGACCUGUUGGAACAGACACUGGUGGAGGAAUCCCCUGAUAAGAGUCACGCUCUUGAUGAUUAUGACGAUGAUGACUUUACUGGGUCCUCUGGUGGCAGCACAAACAGAGGAAGUGGAAAGCGCACCCCGAGCCCUAACAGAAAGACAGACGAGCCUGUGUAUUCAGAGACAUUCGAGAGUCCAGAGAACAAGACAAGCUCUCCCAAUAAGAACGACUCUUUGCGAUCUCCUAACAGGAGUUUGGAAAGUGGUCCCCUAUCACCUACACUGUCAGAAGGAGAGUUGUCUCGUGUAAGCGAGGCGGUUGACAAAUCUUCAAUCUUUUCAUCUACACGGCGUUCUCCUUCAAGGGACCAAGACUCUCAAAGCCCUGUCCCCCCUUACGCAGCGCCGACUUACCCACCGCCGUCAGUGUUUACGCCAUCGCAUCAGGGGGGUGACCGGCUGUCACCUGGAUCUCUAGACGUGAGGCUCACUGCAGAAUUGAACAGGUUGGAAUACAUGGAGGAAUCGGUCCGACAACUGACUGACGUGGAGCGGACUCGGGCAGUGUCCAUGGCACAACAAGAAACUGUGUCUUUGGCUCAGAUACUCAAGUCGAAACAACUGUCGCACGUCAGAGAUAUGGAGAAUCUUAGGGCCAAGGCUCGCGAGGAAGCGUUAGAAGCAGCUAAGCAACUGGAAGAGGCCCGACGUGCGGCGGCGGAUGCUGCUGCAGGAGCAGCUGAGACGAUUGCUCGAGUGAGACUGGAGGCGGCUGCUAGCAUAUCAGAAUCCGCCGACCGGCUAGUUACGGUUCAGAGUGAAGCUGCACGCACCACAGCCGAGUCAGCUAAACAAGUCGAGGAGGCCCGCUCAUCAGCCGCGCGGACAUUACUGGAGGUUGCUAAGCAACAGACCGUUGACACACGCGGUGUUGCCGCUGAAGCAGCCAGUGCAGCCGCAGAAGCAGCCGUCAAGAGCAGCAUGGCGCGAUUUCACGAACAGCAAGAACAACUGUUGAGAGAAAGAGAAGCACGUCUAAAAAGCUACCGUGGCAGAAGUCGAGACGUGACGCGUGACAGUUACUCCAGUUACUCAACCAGCCAGCGCAGCGACAGCUAUUCUAGAACAAGGACCCCACGGUCAGAAACUGAUGCGGUAGACUGGGGAUCACAAUCCAAGGGAAGUGCUAGUAAGAGUAGGACGAAUGUUGGUGAUGAUGUGGAUGUUUCACGAAGUUCUAAGCAAGAUAGAACUGUAAGCGUUCGUACAGCAAGUGAUCUAUCAGUGGACCGUUCUGCCAGCCACAGCCGGCGCACCCCCACCCGGUCAGAAGCUGCUUCGCGCUCGCAUCACUCAACACUAGCAGGGGAGGAGUCGGGUAGCAUUCCCGAAGAAGUUGAUCACAGUGUGGCUGAUAGCGUUGCAUCCGAUCUUGGACUUGACCUGGCUGAUGAUGACUCUAUAGCUGACGUGUUGACGGGAGAUGACCUCAAAAAACCAUCAGAACGCUUAGAAAGGUCACCGGAAGAAGACUACACGCUGAACUUCGAAGAGACAGUGAUGUCAUCACACACUGCAACAGAUGACGAGAUUGACUUCCGAAUGAUUCUUCCAUCUGAGAGCCACAGACGGAGGAGCCUGGGUAAGACAGGAAGGCGCGGCAGCAUAGGUUCUGACCAGGGGACUGUAUCUUACUCGUCUGACGAUAACCAUGAUUCUCAGGAUUUUCCGGUUGACAAGACGUUGGAGGAGUUUUCCUCAGCGCCAUUUUCCGGUGAAGAUUCAUUCUCUCAGUUCACGUCCGAAAUGGUCCGUUUGAUGAAGGAGGAAGAAGUUCGAGCCAAACAUCAAGCUGGGCUUCUACGCCUGCGCGAAAAAGCCCUGAAGGAAAAGACACGAGCCGAGAUGGCCUGGCUUGAAUGUCAGAAGCAAAGGCAUCGGGACAAGGGCGCUGAUGACGUCAUGCCGUCAAUUAGGAAGCGGCAGCGAGGAGUUUUAAUGAGACUUCAAGCUGAACAGGCGGAGAUUAAACGUCUGAAAGCUGCGAAUCGCGCAGCUAGCUACGAACGGCGUUUGUUGUUGAUGCAACAGGAGGAGAUUGCAAGACUGAGAAAAAACACCAAGAAAGUCCGAGAGAGGGCGGCUACAGAGCAGGCGGUGCACGGACAGGAACGGACUGAUAACCUGAAAACUGGAGAAAAGGACUCUGCAGAACAGGCAAAGAUCGAGGCUGAAUCGACUGAGGUGGUCGAGGAGUUGGAUGAGAAACCCGCAGAUCAUUCCACUGGCAGUCGCUCAUCCGUCUCAGAAGACAUCAAAACUGCUUCACUUUCGGCCUCAGCUGCAGCGAGUAUCGCUGAAGAAAUCCCUACCCACCAGUCUCCAGGAGCCAGUCGGGCCGAGUCUCGUCCGUCCAGUGCUGAGUCUGGUACUAGCGAGAGGAAGAGAAGAUUAUCAGAGGGAGACAGUGACGAAGGCUCUGCUAAGGAGGGGACUGUGUCCGCCACUAAAGGGUCACCAACAGCUUCAGAUUCUACUGUUAUGCAGAAGUUGAAAAAGUUAAAACAUCAAUCAAGCGAGAGGUAUCUAACUCUGCGAGAGCAGAAGCUUAUGAAACGACGGAAAGAGGCUGAAAAUCUGUUGGAGAACAAGAAAAAGCUUUUGGAAUGGGAGAAGCGACUUGACAAAGAAGAAAGUCUCGUCAGGAACCUACUCAACGAAGCUCUAAAUCUCGAAAGCUCCAGGAAGCAGCCAAGGACAACCAGCAUAACAAGCGAAGAAGAAGAACAUAAAGAUCGCAGUGGUAGAGAGGCCUCUGCCAGCCUGUCAGUAUCUAGGACUCCCUCUAGUAAAGUCAUCUCCAAAGAUAGAUCCACACAAGGAACUGACAGAAUCAGUGAAUCCAUCAAGGCGGUUCGGUCGCAUGGCCACGAGCGCAGUGCCAGUGAGAGUUCAGUUGCUGAGGAGCUGAGUAUUCCCACACGUGACAGGUCACAAGAUCAGUCAGAGAGGUCACGUGACAGUUCUAUUCCUGAAGUAGACAUGAAGACUCGAUCCCAGGGUAGCUCGAUUCCCGAGGAGAUUCCAGAGGAGUAUGUCAACGAUACGUUCGAGUCGCUGGAUAGCAGUGCGACUCCAGCGCACUCCACCCCCGUGCGGAGCGAUUUGACGCUUAAGCGAGACACGUCCCCGGCUCUAAGCAGGCGAUCAUCCACAGGGGAGGGGAGCAAGAGUGAAGAGGACACCUCUAUGACGGAAACCUCGGACCACAGCGACAUCGAGUCUCGUGUUCGCCGCCUGAGAGACCAACUUGAAGUGCGCAAGCGCGAGGUUAAGCGCUUGUAUAAUGAAAGGAAGAAACAAAGAAAAGCUAUGUUGCGGGCUCAAGAGGCCAGCUUAAGGCAGGAAUUACAGGCUGUGGAAAUGGUAAUCUCAAGGACAAAGGCCGAACUCAAUCGACCUCAAACGGAUUCAAAAAGACCAGAGUCUGGCUCUACUGACCAACACCCAAUGAGCGCGAAAAACGAUUCUAGUGCCCGUGAAGUCAGGUACCAUCUCUCUCGAACGUCAGAUGUGAGCGGAGGUCGCAAGGUAACACCAUCGGAAAAGCCUGUGAAAGUGUCUGCUAGGAGUGAGCCAGCAGGUGGGAGAGUUUUAAGUUCUGUGGAUGCGGAAGUUAACAGUCGAGGUGAUCAAACAAUUUCCGAUGUUCCCAGCUUAAAAGGAAAAGAUGAGGAGUGUUCUUCUGUCAGUGAGAUUAAGACAGGGGAGAGAAAUAAUUUGUCAUUGGGGAAAGGUGAAACUCCCUUGGAUAAAAGAGAAGACCUUGAUCUAACCGACAGAACUCGAACCCCCGACAAAACCUCCUCGGAAAAUCUACGGCAAUCAGCCAAUAGUGAACGCAAAACAUCGAUUAGAGAUGCCGAAGAUUCCCGAGAAGAAAUCAAAGACGAUGUGACGACGGCCGAAGAUGUUUCCAUGAGUGAGGAUAUCGAAGUUCAAACACCGUCCAAAGCAUCUCACUCCGACAAGUCGGAACGUAGUUCUCGAGGAUCUAGUCAAUCUCAAUCAGUUAGUCUUCGGAGAGGAUCGGAUAGUGAUCGUAAGAGUUCGGUAAGGGAAAGGUCCGAGGUUGACGUAAAGAUCACGAAAGAAGCAAGGACCGAAGAAAAUAAAUCGUUAACCGAAGAAAAUGAAGUUGUUACAAGGCCCAGAUCCACUCACUCUGGAAGCCACUCCACUCAGGAACUGAAAGAGUCGAAAGACACCGAUCGCUCAGGACAGUCAGGUAUCGUCAGCGGGCAAAACUCGAUUAUUUCCGAGGGAUCGAAGUCUUCCAGACGAUCAAAAUCGCCGGCUUUGUCGGAGAAAUCGCAAAGUCUUCAACAGGCGUACAGUUCGUCUUUUGAGAGCGUUGAGAAUGAAGUGGACAAAAGCGAAGACGAUAUCAGUGAGCAUAUCAGUGUUGAGGAAGACGUAGAAAAUAGCGAACGGUCCGAAAGGCAAGAUGACGUCCCAGAUAAGCCAUCUGCGCAUCCUGAUCAAUUUUUAUCAAAAGAUGAAGAAGGGACAAGAGACAUUUCUGAAGUACCCGAGGAUAUUUCUGAACAAUCUGAAAUUGAAGUGACACCAAAAAGUACAUCACUUUCUGCAAAAAGUAGUGGCCCCGUGUCUGAAAAGGCGGAACAAUCCUUAAAAGGAGAAAAAGGUUUACAACUGCCUGAGGAAAACAAAAGUGGACUUGUCUCCUAUACUGAUGACUUUGAGCCUUCGGCGGUUGACGAAACUGACGAAGGAAAACCUCGUGGUUCCUACACACCAGAUUUCGAACCAUCCGAGUCGAACGUUCCAGUAGAGGAUGACAAAACUCCUCAGGAAAAAGAAGAAAACGACGACUUCAGGUUUUCCUCGAAGAAAAGGGAACUUUCUGAAGGUGUAGAAGUGGAUGACAAUAAAUCACCGCAGGAAGGGCAAGUCCAGAAACCUCCUAAAAUUCCAGCUCUCGAAUUAGAGCAGGCUACCGACGAAGAAAGCAUUGCAGAAGAAUUGGAUGAAAACAUUGAAGGCCUUGAGGAAAUUAGUGAAGAUAGUGAUAGUGGGUCCUUAUUUGAAGAAAACUACUUCAAAAAUGAGCACGGAAGUCUGCAGAGACAGAUUGAGGACGAAUCCGUUGAUGAGAAGGAGAAAAUUGAUAAAGAAGUAUCGCCAGUGUCACCUGGUGUGCUGCCGAAAAGUACUCGGCAGUCGCCAGAAUCCCGAAGCCAUGAAUCUGAUCAAAAAACUGCUGACAGAAUCACUCAGGACUUGUCUAUGAUGUUGCUGGAAGAGUCUGUGAACUUGGCGACAAGAGUAUUCGAUGAACGUCGCCGGAUCUACCAAGAUUUACCGAAACAGUCUGCAAAAGAUAGUACACCUGUUGAGGAUGGAAAUGAUGGUGCAUCACGAUCAUUAGCAGAAACAUCCGAAACAGAAGAGAUAUCUGAACAUUUAUCCACCUCGCCGAAUGGAAGUUUAGAAUCUGGACUGGACCGUAGGACAAGAGAGCGAGAAGAUUUUGCUCCCUCUCCUGUUGAACAACCUCAGCAGGUAUCACCUGAACAAAAGAGUAACGACAUCGUGAAUAAAUUGUCAGACGCACUGCUUAAGGAAGCCGCCUCUCAAAUGAUUGCAAUUAUGCGAUCUCGUCAAGAAAAGUUUGCCAAGACCAAGGGUGAAAGUACCACGGACUUAACUACUUCUCCAAGGGGGGCAACAGAAGACGAACCUCACUCGGCUGAAGAGAGUCCUCUUUCUUCCCCCAGAAACAGUAGAUUUAUGGCCGUCCAACGCUUUCCCGACGGAUUACUGAAGUAUACUGAGGACACCUCGACACCUCCAGGAAGCCCCACAAGUGAGCAGCAAUCUUCAAUUAACGAGAGAGAAUUGACAGAUAAGCUUGAUCAGUUACGACGUUUACAUGAGCAUCUGGAGGGUGCACGGGGCGAAGGUGAAGAUGAACGCUCAGAAUUUAAACUUAACACAAAUGCUCUCAUGGAAUUUCCCUCUGAAGAGGAAGAUGAAGAAGAGGAGACAUUUAGGCGUUCUAGAGGUCCUUCGUUUCUUUUCUCCGUUCCUCAUCGUCCCAAUGAAGUCAGCCCAUUGGUGGCUUCCUCUCUUUCCGUUUUCUUCGAACGCAAGAGGAGAGGACUGCCUUUAGAUAACGUAACACCCCCGUCGGAAAUCAUCGGAGACGACGAAGCGGACGACGACCUCGGAGCCAAUAGUAAACGAGUUUACCAACGAUUAGUGUUCGAUUUGACCGGCAAUUUGUUCAAAGAUCUCUUAUCUGAGGAGACCCCCACCAAGCGGCCGGCUUGGAUGAAAGCAAAACCGCGACGAAAGCACCGUCUGCAUCGUGGUCUUCAACCACUUGUCCGCGAAGGAGACUUUCUCCCUGUAGUGCAGCAACAAGUUUUGAAUUUAAUCGGUUUGGGUGAUGCUAGGCCUUCUCUUGAACGUGUUCGUCGGAAGACGCCGCUAAAGGUGGGAAAGAAGGAUUUCGUUGACGCCAUCCUGAUUCAGGAGCUUCGAGAAGAGGAGCCGUUAUGGGUAGAUUACGAUGAUGAUGAACUUGCCGUGAAGUUCCAAGUGGCAGACGCUAUCUUCGAAUCGCUUUUAUCAGAAACUGUGAUGGUGGUGAAUGCUGUGCAGUUGAGGCGCGAGGCAAGGGCUGACUUGGCACGCAGCUGACGAAACCAUAUCCUCUAGUCUUAAUAUUUCUUUCCUGGAUCCCAGAAUUACCAAGUGCAAUCAGUCGCGCAUUGAAUUUAGUGAAAUAACGGUGAUGUGUGAACAGACUGGCAUUUGAAAUGGAGAGGUAAAGAUUUAUGGAGCGUGCAGAAAAACGGCAAGCAGGCACAACUCCAAGCUAACGACUGUUAACGGGCUCAAAUAUUACGUAGAGUAGUGUUAGUACAACAGUCCUUGUGGAAACAACCUAUUGCAGUUACUAGCCUUCCUUCCUCGUUAGACAUUAGAUCAACUAUAUUGACAUGACUGAAAAAUUUGAACGGAAAGAAUCGAAUCCAAGUGUUAGUUUUAGAGAGGUGUACGUCGUCUAAAGGGUGUCGGUCAAGAGGGAAUUGACUGAGGUUAUACCAUUCGUUGUUUUCUCGAGCGAAGGAAUUAGAGAUGACUUCUCGCUCUGACUUGCUUUUUUUACUUGUCAUGAACACCCCGUUCAUCUGGAAAAAAUUGCCAACAUGAAAAUCUAAAAUAUUUCCGCCCUACUACUGAAUUUCGCCUAUGGAAAGGGUUGAAGUCCUGUCGAUUUGAUACCAAGGUAUAAACGUGAACAUGUUCACCUAGACAUAAUUUUCCCUAUCCAAAUAUACUGUUAAGUGGAUCUUAAGUUGAGAAGUGAAGGUGAAGGAUGUGUAUUCUUGGUAGUUUCGUUACUUCUGUCUAAAAUUUAUUUUUCACUUGGUAGUAAAAUGAUGAGUGGAAUGACAAAUAUUCUUGCAAAUGUUGAAAAAUUCUUGUUUUUGCAAAUGUGUAUAAAAAGUAUGAAUUGGCAUCGUGGUAUGUCCCAAUAUUGUAAUUAGAAUCCAAGUUUGCUUUGCUGCAACUGUACAUAAGAGAGCUUUUACCUUAUUUUUGUUUCAAAUGUGCUAUGCCUUUGUUGAAUAAAAAACACCUUUGAAGUUGCA